AUACAUAUAUGGGAUCGAGGGGUUUAGGGUGAAGUUAAUUAAGUCUCAAAAUUAGAUCAAGCAAGAAGGCAGCCAAGUUGAAGAAGAAGAUGAUAUCACCAACACCAACAACAACAAUGGCAUCGUUGCAGAAACCACCUUCUAUUUUCCAUGGCAGUGGGGUGUACCAAAUGCAUCUUGUGAAAGCUGACGUCAUUCGCCCCUUCAUCCCCAAAGAGUUCAAAAUUGUUGAAACUUUAGGAUACACAAUGGGGGGAUUUAUGCUUACCACUUAUGAGGACAGCCCUUUUGGCCCAUUUGAUGAGCUGGUGAUGCUUGCUGGAAUUGUGAGCCACAGUGGAUCCUCCCUCGCAUGGACAGGGAAGGCCCUUGUGAGCACCCCUGAAGUUUGCAACUCCAGUAGGAAGGAGUUUGGGAUUGUCACUGAAGUGGCCAGUUUCUCAAAGAUUGAAAGAAAAACAGGAGGGCUUUUGAACAUGAAUGGCAUAGGAAGCAGAAGCUACAAAGACAUACACAUUACAGAAACCAAUGGUUCCUCCAACACUAUUACCAUUCAAACUCCUGAAGCACCCCACCUGAGUUGUCUAAGCAAGUUUAUCAUCACCCCACCAAUCUCACUGUCCCUCACAAGUCUCAGUGGACUCACAGAGUACUGUCCUCGUCUUCUUCAAUACACCUGCGAUUUUCAGACAAGAGUGAGUGUUGUUGCAACAUCAAAAGUUCGUUACCAAUUUGCAAAACAAGAAAAUAAAUCAGGCUUGGAACCAUCAUCAUCAUCUUCUUCGCAACAACAACAACAUCGAUCGGAUAAUAGCAGUAUGAGAGACCUGAUGAUCGACAUUGUGAUGAAUAAAUCGAAUCCAAUCGCGGCCUUUCAUUUCCAUUCCAUGAAAAUGGAGGUGGAUUCUCCAACUGUGGUUUCUUGAUCAUGUUCAUCAUUGAUGAUGAGUCUUUAGUAUUUUGUUUCUUGAUUAGUUAAUGCAAUUAAUUUUUAAUCCAUUUUUUUUCCAUCUUGUUUCGAAGUUACAUACACACCACUCAUUGUUGAUGAUCAUUAUAUACAAUGUG